AUGGCGUGGAACAAGUCCGGCUCUUCUUGGUCCAAUUGGUCAGACAAUUCCUGGGGAUCAUGGUCAGACAGUCACAAGAACUCAUGGGAUCAGAGCCAGCCAGAGUCAAAGUGGGAUCAGACCAAGCCAUCCGCCAGCAUCACCCAGACUGCGGUUCCUUCAGACUUUCAGGCUGAUGAGGAGUUCUUGGACAACCGUGAGAAAUAUGGGUACAAACUCCACCGCAAAGUUCAACCCACCAAUUGGUCCCGAAAGCGGCAACUAGCGGGCCGCCCGGUGGAAGACAUAAGCAUCGUGGACAUCACCAAGAACGGCUGGGAAGAACAUGCGCUUCGAGUUUUGUCUCAAGGGUCCUUUGUCACGCCAGUGUGGGCCCGAUCCACAUCAGAAGCCGUGUUCGCUGCAGGGUUGUUCAAGAAGAUCAGGGAAAAGAAAUACAAUAUUGAUGCCAUUGCUGAACGCAUUUGGGCUGACAGCAACACACCACCCCCCAGCAAACAUGAACAUGCCAUCGACUUCAUGACACCGCUUGUGGACAAAAUCAUGAGUCUUUUGGAUGAGCUCCACCCGGUCGCCCAAGAUUGCACCGCCUUGAAGAAAAUCCAAAGCUUGGAGGCAGAGAAUGCUCGGUUCCGAGCCAAAGGAGUUGUUUUGACUCCGGAGAAGCAUACCACCACAGGGAGAAACCAGGAGAAGCGAAUUCAGAACCAGGACCCUCCUUCAGCCACCACCGACAAAGCCAUGCAACAAUGGCUUGAAAACAUCAAGAAGCACAUGGACAAGGAGAAGGCUUCCCAGCUCGACAAGUACGUCAAGCAAGUCGUGGAACACCACAAAGGGCUCAAAAGCAAAGACCUGGGCGACCUCCGUGCCUUGGCUAUCAAAUGGGGGCUUCCCUACAACUUGGCAGAGAAGGCCAGCAACAAAUCGUUGUCUCAGAUCGUUGCAGCGGCGGCACUGCAGGCUGCCUGA